AUGGGAAGCAAGCUGUGGGGAUUGAGGAAUGGGAGCAAGGAUUUUGAAGGAAGAAAUGAUGAAAUUUCACUAACUGAUCCCUUGACGAAUUUUAAUUUUUUAGGAUUUUAUAGAGAGAAAAAAAAACUAGAAAAUGCGACAAGCGAGGUCCUGAACCGAUUUUUUUUUGGCUUAAAAAAAAAACUAGAAAAUGCGACAAAUGAGGUCCUGAAAAUUUUUUUUUCUCUUAUAAACAAAAACUAG